GUUAUUUCUUUGAUAAGUUUCGAAUAGAUAAAGUAAGAGUCAGUUUUCAUUCGAAGAAAAUAUACCUAAUAAUAUGGAUCGUUGGACCAACAGAGUGGUUUUGGUGACUGGAGCUAGUUCGGGAAUCGGAAAAGCAACAGUGACCGAAUUGUCCAAAUAUCCUUUGAAAAUCGUCGCUGUAGCUCGGAGAAUCGUUUUGAUACAGGAACUUGUCGACCAGUUGCAGCCGUCUCCAGCCAAAAUAUAUCCGGUUCAAUGCGAUUUGACCUGCGAGUUGGAAAUAUUGAAACUGUUCGAGUGGAUCGAAAACACCAUUGGCCAAGGAGUAUCGAUAAUGAUCAAUAAUGCCGGAUCAUUGACGAAUAGCAAAAUAUUGGACGGCGAUACAAACGACUGGAGAUAUUUGUAUGAUCUCAAUGUUAUUGCGACAACAAUAUGCUGUAGGGAAUCGUAUAAAUCAAUGAAAAAUUAUGGCAUCAAUGAUGGACACGUAAUUAAUAUAAACAGUACGGCUGGAUAUACAAUGCUAUCAUUACCUGGACAGAAAGUGUACAAUUCAACAAAAACAGCACUGACGUACCUGACCGAAGGAUUUCGGCAUGAACUUGUUCACUCUGGUUCGAAAAUCAAAGUAACUAGCAUCAGUCCCGGAAGUGUAAUUUCUGAAGGUAUCGAAGAAAACGCAGAUUCUGUUUUGUCAAUGAAGCCCGAAAGAGUAGCUUCCAUGGUAAUCGUAGCAUUAACUACACCAGCUGAUAUUGUGAUCGCCGAGCUCACCGUGCUGUCCGUGGGCGAAACCAUUCAUGUGUAUCCUCCGCCGAUGAUGUAAUACGCUCGCCGUAAUAAAAUUGAACAUAAUGUGUGUAUCGACGACUUCGAAGAUUCGACGCGUGUCCGGUACGCGAAUAAGAUAAAAUUAGGUUUAGUAAUAAUAAUAAUAAUAAUAAUACUAAUAAUAAUAAUAAUAAUAAUAAAUAAUAAUAAUAAUAAUAAUAUUAUUGUAACGCAGUCGGGACACGUCGUCGUCUCGGGUAUUACGUGUUAAUAAACGAAAUACGUACAGAAAUAAGUCGCAAUACUUUGUGUUAUUAUGUGUAUUGUAUUGAACGAGAAACGCGUGGCUGAUAAUGGAGGAGGGUUUGAUCAUAUUAUUUUUUUUUUUUUUUGUCGCGAACGCGAGUUCGUUUUUUCCGUUACGCGGACCACCGGUUCAAAUUCAAAUCGUUUCUCACGCGAAAGCACUGUCGAGAAUUAUCGAAAAACAAAUCUAAUAAACACGUACUGUACACCCUGA